ACCACAACCACAUCUGUCACUAUUCUGUGGCCAUUCUCUCCUAGAAACUCCCUCCUUCUGCGCCAAAUUUCAAAUUCGCUUUCUCCAAUGGACGAUUUCACAGUACCAUCGCUAGACUCAUCGCCGGUCUCUCCUUAUGAGCUUAUCUUCAAAGCUCUAUCUCUUAUUCCCAUCUCUCACUUUCUCUUAGGCCUCCUAUUGAUACUUCUCCUUUUCCUCUACAAUUUCCUCGAGAUUCAUUUCCUUCAAGAUCUGGUUACUGGAUUUAGAGGCGAUCCUGUGUUACUCACUUGCAGUUCCUCCUCUGAGCUCUACCAGUCCGUCGCUUCCAAGUGUCGGAUUCUUCACGGAAGGUUUUCUCCUACACCAUGGUUAUCUAGUCCUCAUCUCCAAACAGCUUUCUUGAGUCUUUUUGGGAAUUCUCCUAAUUUUUCCUAUAGAAGGCAUAUAUUCCAUGCUAAUGAUGGAGGAACAAUUGCUUUGGAUUGGCUAAUGUCCACUGAUGUUGAACAAGGUGUCUGCUGCAAUAAUGAUGCUGUUCUACGGGAUGAUAAAGCUCCAAUUGUAAUAGUGAUUCCUGGCUUAACUAGUGACUCUGCCUCUGCUUAUAUCAAGCAUCUUGCUCUCACGAUGGCAAGGCAGGGUUGGAAUGUUGUUGUAUGCAAUCAUCGGGGAUUGGGAGGCAUGUCAAUAACUUCUGAUUGCUUCUAUAAUGCUGGGUGGACAGAGGACGUUCGGAGUAUCAUUGAUCAUAUUCACCGUGAAUAUCCAGAAGCUCCUCUAUAUGCGGUUGGCACUAGCAUUGGUGCCAAUAUUCUGGUAAAAUAUCUUGGAGAACAAGGGGUUACUAUUCCUCUUACUGGUGCUGCUGCUGUCUGCUCUCCUUGGGACCUUUUGAUAUGUGACAGGUUCAUCAACCGCAGGCUUGUGCAGAAGUUCUAUAAUAAAGUGCUAGCUAUUGGCCUACAAGGUUAUGCGCAAUUGCAUCAUUCUAUCUUGUCUCGUCUAAUAGAAUGGGACAGUGUCAAGCUGUCACGUUCAGUUAGAGACUUCGACAAGCAUGCUACCCGAGUUCUUGCGAAGUUUGAGACUGUGGAUACCUACUACAGGCGUUCUAGUUGUGUAAAUUUGGUGGGAAAUGUGUCACUGCCUCUUCUUUGUGUGAGUGCUCUUGAUGAUCCAGUUUGUACAAGGGAAGCCAUCCCAUGGGAUGAAUGUAGGGCAAAUGAGAACAUUAUCCUUGCUACCACACGGCAUGGAGGACACCUAGCUUAUUAUGAGGGGAUCACUGCAAAUAACUUGUGGUGGGUGAGGGCUGUUGAUGAAUUCUUUCAUGCCCUGCAAUCUAGCCCAUUGAGAAACAGAAGAAAGAAGAUGGAAGAAUCGAACAUGACUUCUGUGCUGGAAUCCUCGAUUGAUCAGGGGCCCUAUGUGAAUGUUAGGGAAGACGGAAUGGUGACUGCAAUAGGCAACACCAAAGAUAAUGUUGCAGAAGAUACACCCAACGAACAUGGGGAUCAUGUUAAGAGGGAUGAAGAAAACAUUUCUGAAAGAGAAAGGAGAGAUAACAUGACAGAGGAAACACAUUCCAAAACUGAUCUCAAGCAGCGAUUAGAUCAAAAUCUCAAUGAUCUGAUAGUUCCUAUAAGAAGACACAUGGGUCAGCUCUCACGAAGGAGUAGGAUUUCAAUCUGGCUACUCGCAUACAUUGCAGUUGUAACAACCUGGCCGCUGGUGGGUUCAGCUCUUCUUUUGUUCAUCAACAGAAAGUUCAAAAACAUCAUUCCGGGGUCAUUGCUUAGAAGAUAGCAUACGUCGAACUAUAAAAAUUAUUGUCAUUCUUGCUGGGUAUCCUGACCAUGAUGCAUUGGUCUAAAUAAUGAUAAGAUUUACCGUCUUCAUAAGCAGAAUAAAGUUGCUAAUUAUAUGUCAUCAGAAA